CGUCCAACCCGCGGUGCGUGUGGGCGGCGGGCGGUGUGGGCGCGGCGUGUGCGGCAGGCUGGGCUGCACCGCAGCGCAUACACUACAAUGGCUGCUGGAAGGACGGGAAAGCAAACAAUUUCCAGGCCCGCCGCGUCCAGCCCGAAAUAUGGGGAAAAAAUUACAGAAAAAUCGGAGAACACUGUAAAGGGUGGAAACGGGGCGCAGAGGGGAUGCUGAGGCUCCCGCGACCAGUAAAAAUGGGAAGUACUGGAUUCUGGUUUCCUCCAAGAAGAGUCAGCGGAACUGGUUAAGACCAAAAUCUGAGGACUUUAGUGGGCAAACAUCAGUCCCCUUUUGCUUUCUUUUACGACCACAUGAAACUUGAGAAGCCAUCUAAAGCUAAAUCAUUUAGUGGAGUUGGGCAAUUCCCAAGUGUCCAACAAGAAGGCCUGGUUUAGGCUGCGAUGGCCACUGUCAUUCCUGGUGAUUUGUCAGAAGUAAGAGAUACCCAGAAAGUCCCUUCAGGGAAACGUAAGCGUGGUGAAACCAAACCAAGAAAAAACUUUCCUUGCCAACUGUGUGACAAGGCCUUUAACAGUGUUGAGAAAUUAAAGGUUCACUCAUACUCUCACACAGGAGAGAGGCCCUACAAGUGCACACAACAAGACUGCACCAAGGCCUUUGUUUCUAAGUACAAAUUACUAAGGCAUAUGGCUACUCAUUCUCCUGAGAAAACCCACAAGUGUAAUUAUUGUGAGAAAAUGUUUCACCGAAAAGAUCACCUAAAGAAUCACCUACAUACACACAAUCCCAACAAAGAGGCCUUUAAGUGUGAAGAAUGUGGAAAGAACUACAAUACCAAGCUUGGGUUCAAACGUCACCUGGCUUUGCAUGCUGCAACAAGUGGUGACCUCACCUGUAAGGUAUGUUUGCAGACUUUUGAAAGCACAGGAGUGCUGCUGGAGCACCUAAAAACUCAUGCAGGCAAGUCAUCGGGUGGAGUGAAGGAGAAAAAACACCAGUGUGAACACUGUGAUCGUCGGUUCUACACCCGAAAGGAUGUCCGUAGACACAUGGUAGUGCACACUGGAAGAAAGGACUUCCUCUGUCAGUACUGUGCACAGAGAUUUGGGCGGAAGGAUCACCUAACGCGCCACAUGAAGAAAAGUCACAACCAAGAACUUCUGAAGGUCAAAACAGAGCCAAUGGACCUUCUAGAUCCCUUUACCUGCAACGUUUCUGUGCCUAUCAAGGAUGAGCUGCUUCCAGUGAUGUCGUUACCUUCCAGUGAACUGACAUCAAAGCCAUUUACAAACACUUUGCAAUUAAAUCUCUACAACACUCAGAUUCAGUCCAUGCAGAGUUCUGCAUCCGCACACCAAAUGGUUGCCACAUCAUUACCAUUGGGAAUGCCUUGUCCAAUAGAUAUGGAGUCUGUCCACCCUUCGCACCAGCUAUCGUUGAAAUAUCCGCUCAGUUCUACCUCAUAUGCAGUUUCUAUGCCUGAAAAAGAACAGCCUUUGAAAGGGGAAAUCGAAAGUUACUUAAUGGAGUUGCAAAGUGGUAUGCCUUCUUCAUCCCAGGAUUCUCAAGCAUCUUCAUCAAAACUAGGGCUGGAUCCACAAGUAGGGCCACUAGAUGAUGGGUCUGGGGAGGUUUCCCUUUCCAAGGGCUCCGUUCCUAUUAGUGAACCUCUAAACACCCCGUCAUUGGACUUUUCUCAGCUGUUCAACUUCAUACCCGUCAAUGGCCCUCCCUAUAAUCCUUCUGUUUCAGUGGGAAACCUUGGAAUGAGUUAUACGCAGGAGGAGGCACAUUCUUCUAUGACUCAACUUCCACCACAGACACAGGAUCCACAAGAUCCUAGCAAUAGUAUAGGUCUUGGGUCUCUGCACUCAUUGUCAGCAGCUUUCACAAGCAGUCUAAGCACAACCACCACCCUACCACGAUUUCAUCAAGCUUUCCAAUAGGAUGUACAAAGCUGGCUUGUUACUGUCUAUUUGUAGAAAUGCCUUAGGUGACCAUUUUUAACUUAGUGCCUACUAUAAGACAUUAUCAGUUCUCUGCUUUUGUACAGUACCAAUCUCAUGAAGCCAGUAAGAAAUUUAAAUUAACUUUUUAAAAAUGUUUUGAAAGUGUUUAUUCUCAGCUGUGUUUACUUCAUUGUUGGUUUUUUUUUUUUUGUUUUGUUUUUUAAGGUCUCAUUGUAUUGUUUUCAUUUUCACUGCCAAUUGACACAUUUAAAAUGUCCACUAGAAAGUCAUCCCAAGUAAACUUUCAACAUGCAUCCCUUUUAAAACCUUUUCAACCUUACAGCCACUCUGUUCCAUUGAUGUGGUGGAGCUACCAUUUUUACCUUUUAUAUGUUACAGCAUUUGCAAAGGAUCCAUUUCAAACAUGUAUCACAAAGGUUCCUGAGGAUUGGGGAAAAAUUUUCUCCAGUCCCUUUCCAAAAAAACCCUCUUCCCAAAUGGUGACAUCUGAUCUGUUCUAUAAUGACAAAUUUUAAUUUUUAAAUAAAGAUAGAAUUCAGAUUUUUCUGAAAAUUUGGAUGUGUAUAUAUAGAAGUCCAUAUAUACACAUGUACAUAUAUAUAACAUUUUGACUUAUAUUGAAGUCAUUAUAAAAGGUGUUAAGAAUUUCGCCAUUUUCUGGCUUAAAUUUUCGUGGCUUGUUAUGAAUAUUGGAAGAAAAAGAAUACAGUUUAAUUUUCUAAAAUUGUGGCUGAACAGAACUUCAACAGAGAAUCUCUGCUUGCCUAACUGACAAAAGUUUCAAGUUGAAUUUGGAACUGUGUUGUGCUUUCAUGACUCUGGUAGAGGAAAACAGGCAAAUUUAAUGGCUGAUCUUGAAAUAUAAAAGUGUUGUAAUUUAGUAAUGCAGAAUAUUUUGUCGCAGUUUUUGUUUUAAUUCUUAACUUGCUGUUUUUUUCUCUUUAGUAGCAUAGAAAGAGUACUGCAUAGGAAUCUUCCAAUAGUGUACUGACGUUUGUAGGCAUCAGUCUUCUCCCAGCUGCCACCACCAAAGGGUGGAUCAAGUCCAGCCAGAAAGUGUGUAUCUAUUUUCAGUUCAAUAUUAGUGUGCAGUCAGAGAGUGAAUGUAAAUUUACAAAUACCAUUUUUUUGGGUUUUUUUUUUUAUUAUUGGAAUGAACUUUUCAGUUGUGUUACAUGGUGUGUUAUGUCCUCCUAAGCAACAAGUUAGAUGUUAAUCAUACUUUCUACACCUGGGUACUUGGUUAGGGACUUUUUGCCCACUGCCAAGAUUUAAAGACAGGACUCUUAGGAGUGAAGUAAAAGCAUAUUGCUUACACCACUUUUGCCUAAUGCAAUAUUUUCUAUUCCCCAACCCCUAAUAACCAAAAGAGGAAAAAAGAAAAAAAACAAAAACAAACCUGUGAUGCAUGAAAGCAAACUCGAGUAGCUGUAAUUCAACAAUAACAUGCUUUUCCUUGUCAUUUUUGUACGAGGAAUUAAAAUAGAAAUUGAGUACAUUAGUAUCUCUCAAACAAUAAUGAGGAUUCAUACAAGGUUUUAAGUGGUUAAACUAAAUAUACUUCACAGAAACAAAAGUUGCUCCCAUUUAAGGAGCUCGUGCUCCAGAUGUUUUAUCAGUAGCUCCUACUUUUUUUUUAAUUCUAGGAGCAAUAUGCAGGUGUAGUUUUACUAUUUUAUACAUAUAUGUAUUUAAAUUUUAUUACUGAAAGAUAACAUUUUUAUAAAUGUGUUUGUGUUCCAAAGGCAUUAAAAUAAGGAUGUAUUAAUAAGGAAAAUACCUUUUGAAAUUCUACAAAUUGCUCCUAGAUGUUGGGUUUAGGAGCUUGUUAUCUCAAAGUGGGCUUUUAGCUCUGCUUCAUGACUGCUUCCUCUGGUUUCUAUGAAACAGAUCGCUUGCUUACUUACAUCUUUAGUUGAAUGAUUUGUUCAAUAUUGCUUUUUUAAAAUUUUUUCUCAUCACCUUUAUAAAGGAAAGAAAAACACAGGUGAACAGAGCACAAGGUGAACGCCACAGAAUGUAUUUCUGGUUAAAAAUCAGCAACCACAAUGCACAUAGGGACAACUUGGCUUUCUUCUGAGUCUUUUCAGACAAUUUGGGAUGAAGAGCAACGGCCUCCCUUGCUCCCGUGAGCUCUGUUCCACGUGAAGCAAAGCCCAGCAGCUCCCCAUGAGCAGAGAGAUGCCGUGACGCUCGGCUCUGGCAGCGGCUGAGGAGUGGAUGGGCCGCACUCUUCUUCCUGACGGUGAUGCACACAGGCCCUGGGAGCUUCAGCUCUGUGAGCAGUUUUUGGAUGGCCUGGAGGGAGUUCUUUGGUCGAAUGUCACAAAUAAGAUCAGUCUCCUCUGCCGCUGCCAGAUACUUGGCCAGACUGCUCGCUGAGGGGAGUUGAUGUGGCACAUCUACCACUCAGCGCAGGGCAGUGCCACCUGCUUAUCAGUCCCAGCCGCCGAUCAGACUCAAUUAAAAAAACCCAACAAACACUUGGCCAACACCCAGUUCUUAGUACUUAGCCGGAGUCCUUACUACUUGGUUAGUGCCUUAACUUCCUGAGAAGGGGUUGACAUUUCACUUCAGAGGUAGACAUACAUUUCAGUGGAGGAGCAGGGACCUCAGACAAGGUAUUGAACCUCAUUCAGUCAGGGCUGCAGCCGGCGGCUGCGCUCGGCCUGUGCUGCUGAGCUAGGAUGCAGGACGGUGUGGAAGCAGAUAUGACACUGUAAGCAAUAUUAACAUUAGUGCUUUUGGAUAUUAUUUAGGCAGAGUCAGUAUUGGCCACUACUAAAAUGUCAUUUUUUUAAACCCUGUUUUCUAGGUUUCAGAUUGGUUCUUUGAGGGAGGGGGGAGGGCUGGCUGAUCGUGCACCACUCUUUGUGCAACUUCAAAACUUCUAGUGAGGUUUUAUUUGUUGGUUUUUUUUUUGUUUGUUUGUUUUGUUUGUUCUGUUUUGUUUUGUUUUAAUAUAUAUAUUUUUGUGUACUUGUUGCUUGUGCUUAAUUUAGUAGUAAAUUGUGGAAUAGAGUGAUUUAUUGUUAAUUUGGCAGUAGCGGUUUUUUAAAACCAUAUACUGACUGAAACAUGAGCCAGAGCUGAUUGCUUUAUUAAGCUAAUAAUGAAUGUUAAGAGUACAUAUUUUCAGGAUCAUUUGCCUAGUGAGCUAAACAUGUAUUAUAGGCCAAUAUUUUUUAAAAUAAAGCUUGGUCAACCUCUAUGUUACACAUAUUACAAGAUAUAGCACUUUCAAAAGAAAACCUAAACCUUUUAAGAAAGUUUCUUACAGGUUAUGCUUUUUAUUAUAAAACCUUUUAUUAUAAUUUGUUUCAAGUGCCAUUAGAUUACAUAUAUGUAGGCCUUUGGUAUAAUGCUUUGUGUACAAAAUGGUAGACAUUGUAAUUUUAAACAGGUACAUUUUUACAGUGUUUUCUUAUCAAUUUGCUAUAUUGCACAGAACCAGUGUGUCUUUCUUAAGGGUUUUACAAUGGUUUUUACUAGGUUUACAUGUUUCAAACUACACUGUCUUCUACUGCCAUUUUGAAUACCAGUCAAAAAAAAAAAAAAAAAAAAAAAAAAAAAAAAAAAAAAAAAAAAAAAAAAAAAAAAAAAAAAAAAAAAG